AUGACAACUUUAUCCGAUUCUAACAAUAAAAUCGGAUUUGUCGAAAGUCAAGCUAUUCCUAAUAUAAAUAUAGAUAAUGAAAUCGAAUUCGUCGAACAAUCAGAACAUCCAGCUUCGUAUCCCGUUGAUGACUCAAUCCAAGACCAUGAUCUUGAUUCUGAUGAAUUAGAGCUUCAACUAUUACCAGAUGAAACAGAGGAUACCGAUGUUUCUGAUAUCGAAUCUAAUCAACGAAGUCGUCGAGGUGAUCGUCGUCGUGGAAAUCGUCGUCGAGGAGAUCGUCGUCGAGGAGAUCGUCGUCGUGGAGAUCGUCGUCGUGGAGAUCGUCGUCGAGGUGAUCGUCGUCGAGGUGAUCGUCGUCGUGGAGGGUACUGA